UUGAAAAAAAAGAGCUUUGAUCUUUGCUUUGCUUCUGUUUUGUGACAAUGGAGAACCACAAAUGCAAGCUCUGUGCUCGAACGUUCUCUAGUGGUAGAGCUUUGGGAGGUCACAUGAAAGGUCACUUAGCCAACCAUCCACUGCCCCCAAAGACGACGACCCAUCACCAACUCGGUGACCGUACUGACUCAUCUUCUUCAUCAUCUUCUUCAUCUGGUGAAGAGCAAGAACUAGGAGAAGAGAAAAGCAGAGAAGUAGUUGAAGAGAAAUCUUUGGUUUACGGGCUAAGAGAGAAUCCCAAGAAGAGUUUCAGGUUUGCAGAUCCUGAAUUCUCUUUUGUAGUAGAUUCUGGGUCCGUUGUCCAAGAUAGAGAAAGCGAGACAGAGUCAAGAAACCUAACUCGGCGACGAUCCAAGAGAAAUCGGAAGGUGGGUACUAAUACAACAACAGACGAAAUCAAGAAACCAAAGUUGUUGAGGAAACCCAGUUUGGUCGAGUCACCGACAGAGCCAGAACCUGUGAGUUCAGUUUCGGAUACUUCACCUGAAGAAAAUGUUGCUAUGUGUCUUAUGAUGCUAUCAAGAGAUGUUUGGAAAAGCAACAUUGCGGAACAAAAAUCAGUUGAGUUGUUGGAAGAAUCAGAAGAGAUCGAGUUGAAUAACGAGAGUCAUGAGUUAAGCAAGAAGAAGAUUCGUGGGAAAUAUCGAUGUGGGAAAUGUAAGAAAGCAUUCGGAUCUUAUGGCACAUUGGAUGAACAUAAAAGGGUUUGCUCUGAAACUAAAAAUGCAGGUAAAGUUGCUGCUGCUGUUGCUAAAGACAGCAAGAUAUUUGAGUGCCCAUUUUGUUACAGAGUGUUCGGCUCAGGACAAGCACUUGGUGGUCACAAGAGAUCUCAUUUGCUUGCUGCAGCUUCUUCAUCAAAUGCUGUUGCUGCAAAUUCUACUAAAUUUAAUAACAAUUUGAUAGAUCUAAACUUGCCUGCUCCAUUGGAAGACGAUGAGUUUAGUGUGGUAUCAGAUGCAUAACUUGAAUGAUGGGGCUAUCGAGCAGUUAUGAGAAUUCACGUGGAUCUGAUGCUAUACAUUCAAUGUUUUUACGCAUUGUUUUAAACUUGGUUUAUUUUUUACUGUAGUUGCUCAUAUUUCUUCAUUCAUAGAUGAAUCAUGAAUGUUUUUGUAGCUUUUUUUUUCCUUAAAUUCUUUC